UUAGUAUCCGUCGAACCGCCGGCGUUGCUAGUCGUUGGUGUACCAGUUCGUUUUAAUUUUCUUUUUAAAAUGUUAAGUUUGUCGGCAAUCGGGGUGUUGUUGGCGCUAUGUGGGGGUGCCUUCAGCCACACGUACCACCUGGGCGCCUGUCCCGUGGUCGAGCCCAUGCCAGGGUUCGAAAUGAACAAGCUAUUGGGCGUAUGGUACGUCAUUCAGAAGACUUCGACGGCAUCGCACUGCCUCACGUACAACUACACAAAGACCGACGAACCGGGAAAAUAUGAGAUAGAACAAGUUUCACAACACUUUAUCCUGGGACUGACCCCUCUGAAACAUGACUACAGGUACACGGGAACACUGAGGGUAAUCGACCCAGCUGUGCCCGCACGUAUGAAAGUGAACUUCCCGCUUAGUGUGGCCGGUUCCGCGAGCUACACAGUGGUGAUGACGGACUACACCUCCCACGCCGUGAUCUUCACGUGCCAGAAGCUCGCGUUCGCUCACCGCCGCUCCGCCACCAUUUUGUCCAGGACCAAGGACCUAGAUAGGAUUUACGUUGACAAGAUGCGCAGUAAGUUGGCAGCCAACGGCAUAGACCCGUACGACUUGUCCAUCAUCUCCCAGACCGAGUGCCCCGCCCAAAACGGCUCAGAGGGGGUCAACAUCAACAUUGAACCAGACACGUUCUCCUCGCAUAACAUUGGACAGGCUGUCAGGAAAACCGGCAGUGCUAUCGCCGAUGGCGUGGAAUACGUAGUGGAGGCAGGCAAGACAGUCUACCACAAAGUAGCCGACAGUAAGGAGGACCUCACCGAGACCCCAAAUGGCCGCUCGCACUCACUGAAGGACGAAGUCGAGUGGUUGCCCUGAGUGUCAACCAAUAGGGUAGGACCAAGUACAAAUAACCAAAGUACGUCGAUAUUUGACUGAUAUUACUCGUAGUUAUAACUUAUAUUUAAGUUAAAAGUAUUUUUUAAACACAUGGACAAGCUUUUUUUCUGAAAUAACAUGAGAUAUUAUAAUUUGUGGGUUUUGUCCUUUCCGAUCUUAGAGCUAGAAAUCCAUGCGUGGCAACCACAUACUCAGUAUAUUUAGGCUACAUUGCAACACCGUUAAAACAGUGUUGCUAUAAAUAAAAAUUGUUAUCAGUUAUGAAAUUUAUUCACACUUAAUUUUGAUUUAAUUGUCAUGUGUAGUGGCCAGUAAAGAAACUCAAAUGCAUUUUACUUUUAUAAUAUCUUCCCUUAUACAUAAUACUCAUAGAUAAUGGUAUUUAUUGUAACUAGAUCGAGUCUCGUAAUGUUAAAUGAGCUUAUUUAGGACCUAUAUGUAUCUCAAUAGGUAGCAACAAGUAUGAUGCUAUUUCAACACGAGAAAUUAAAAAUAAACUUUAAAUAAUGA